UUCUUGCUCUCGCAAAUAGUGGUGACAUUGAACAAAGUGAUAAGAUACUCCGCCUCAAAAACACGUACUACAUAAGCAAUGCUGCUGCCAUGCCUAACCAAGUAUAGUGGUGAUCCCCCAUCCGCAAACUAUAAUUACAUUUAGAUGUUGAGUUAAAAGACUUGAAUUGAGGCAGCCCCAAAAUCAGAACAAAUUCAGGCAACAAAUGAGACAGACACUAUCCUCACACAAUUCUUUGACUUCUAUGACUUAUGCGGUUCCAAAACCCCAAUUUCAUGGCCAUUGUGAUUCUGAGAAUACCCAGAGAGUAUGUCUCCGUUCCUGGACAUGCCAAAACCACACAUGAUUUCAUGCUUGUGAAUGAAGAGGUUCAUGCCGAGUCUUGUUUGUUUGCUGGAGCUUGGCGGUGCUUUCAACAAAAUGGAAAUUUCAACGCCUCCACCGAUCAACAAAAUGGAAAAUUCACCAUCAUGUACGUUGGGCUAUUUAUAUUCGAUUUUGGGAGAUGGGAUGAGACACCAUCUCCAAGAUACCUCCUAGGUAGGGCUGAACCUGCAACAGUUUGGAAAAUUAUUCUUCAG